AUGAAGAUCAGGUCCCUGGAGGAGAUCUACCUUUUCUCUCUGCCCAUCAAGGAGUCUGAGAUUAUUGACUUUUUCCUGGGAGCGUCCCUCAAGGAUGAAGUUUUGAAGAUUAUGCCCGUGCAAAAGCAGACCCGUGCUGGCCAGCGGACCAGUGCCAUCGUGGAUUACAACGGACACGUCGGUCUGGGUGUCAAGUGCUCCAGGGAAGCAGCCACUACCAUCCGUGGGGCCAUCAUGCUGGCCAAGCUGUCCAUCGUCCCCGUGGGAAGAGGCUACUGGGGGAACAAGAUCGGCAAGCCCCACACGGUUCCUUGCAAGGUGACUGGCCGCUGGGGCUCCGUGCUGGUGCGCCUCAUCCCUGCCCCCAGAGGCACUGGCAUCGUCUCCGCCCCUGUGCCCAAGAAGCUGCUGCUGAUGGCCGGCAUCGACGGCUGCUACACUGCUGCCAGGGGCUGCACCGCCACCCUGGGCAACUUCACCAAGGCCACUUUUGAUGCCAUUUCCAAGACCUACAGUUACCUCACCCCUGACCUCUGGAAAGAGACGGUGUUCACCAAGUCUCCAUAUCAAGAAUUUACUGACCAUCUUGUGAAGACCCACACCAGAGUCUCUGUGCAGAGGACCCAGGCCCCAGCUGUAGCCAUCACAUAA